AUGGAGAACACCACCAUUGACCAGUCAGACCUCGCCCGGCUCAACGAGAAGGACAAGCUCGAGCUGCAGACUUUCAUCACCCACGAGACCCAGAAGACCCGGAUCAACGCGCAAACACACACCAUGGCCGAGAUGUGCUGGAAGAAGUGCAUCACGGGCUCGAUCAAGAGCUCAACCCUGAGCAGCAGCGAGGAGGGCUGCCUGGCCAACUGCGUCGACCGAUUCCUCGACAUCAACACCCUGACCGUCAAGAACCUGCAAGCCAUGCGCGCCAGUCGCUAG